AAUAACUCAACAGACAGGCAUUAAUGUCUAAAUAGGGAGUACUCACUUUUGUGCUUUUUUCCAAAAACAGGUUUAAAAGUAGGCUGAAGUCAAAGAAAUUUUGCAUAUUUCAGGCUAGAGAGGAGAAAAACAGGAUUAUUUGAUACCUGAGGCACAAAACAGCAAGUCAGAACUGUCUUUAUGAUACAGCUUGUUUAAAUCUGAGUCAUGAAGAAAGUCUUUGGUACAUAAACCACACAAAUAUAGCUAGAUCAUAGAGGGAAAAAUGUAAGGAAAAUUAGUGAUAUGAGCACUUUCAUAUGUGUUUAAUUUCUGACACUAUGACUUACUUUUAUGUGUAAAAAUAGACUUGAAGAUGCUAAAUGCCAUAUGCAGCAAAUAGGGAUUGUAGAAAUAAAACUGUGCCAUGAGCACUGAUAACCAGAUAACACUUUAAACAUCAUUUUAGCACAUUUGUUUUACAGAUUAAAAUAUAUUUUUGGUCUGUUAAAUGAAGGAAUCCAACAGAUCACCUUAUGUCCUUAUGUGUAAGCAGUGAGACUGCGGAGGACAUAUCUUUGUUAGUCUCUGUGUGUGUGUGUGUGUGUGUGUGUGUGUGUGUGUGUGUGUGUGUGUGUGUGUGUGUGUGUGUGUGUGUUUGUGGGUGCAGUGUUCUCCUCAGAGAAACAGAGGCAAACAAGUGACAAAGACGAAGCCACAGCAGCUCGUCAGGAGAGAAAGAGAGAGAAGCCACACUUCAACCUGCUGGUCAUCACUGAAAACCAUGGAAUCCAGCCCAGGGGAGGUGGACGGAAAUACAGAAGAGCUAACAGGGAGGAAGAAGUCACGGUUCAAGCUCCUGAAGACGCGACUGUUUAGCCGCCUGAAGAAAAAGGAGACUGAAGGACAGAUGAAGCAAAGCAAGUCCACUAGUGAUGUUACUGCACAGGCGGGCAGGAGAGGAGAAGACGACUCAGAGGAUGACUGUCAGUACCCACAAGGGACAUUAAGUUCUAGGGCACUAUCCCAUGACAGCAUUUUCCUGGCUGAUCAGUCUCAGUCCUCAGAGCCCAAAAGGGUCCUCUCACAGGAGAAUGUGCACAGCAAGAUUAAAGCACUGCAGAUGAAGCUACAGCAACAGAACAUGCGACUGGGCCCUCCUUCUUUCUUGAUUCCAGGAAAGCGCAUAGAAGACUCUGGAACAAUGUCUGAAGAUGAUGGCUUACCCUGCAGUCCUCCUGAAAUGUCCUUCCAAGAGGUAGCCGCACAAGGAGCAUGCAAGUAUCCUGAGGCAACAAAACAUCUCAGUUCAUUAAGUUUGGCUGGAACAGGCAGCGAAGAAGAAGAGCAGGGUGGUUCUUCACAGCCCCCUUCAAGGCCUCUCUCGCCAGUCUCUCGACUGUCUCCUCAGCCAGUGAUCUCAUCAACUACAGAUUUACUCUCAUCUCCUGCUGGGGUGGAUUUCAGUAGCCCUGCUCAUCAUGUCUCCUGUUUAGACAAUUCAGCCGCUCGUCACCGCAUGUCCAUCAAGCCCAGGAAUCAACGAGCCAGCACCAAGGGAAGGAAACAGUCAGCAGAUUUGUAUCGUACUCGAUCUAGCAGCAUGAACAGUCUGGACGAGCCUCUAUCAGAGAGAGAGGAGGAACCACAAAGUGUAACAUCUACAGAGACCGUCCACCACCAGUCUUACUCAUCUCAAGUUACAAGCCUAGAAGAGGAGCGCACCUCUCCAGUAUCUAUUUUGCAUCCCUCUAGUUUGUCCUUACAGGACCAACAUGAGUCCAUGGCAAUGGAUGUGGGCCUGUUAAACAGGAAUGAUGGGGUGAAGUCUGGUGUGCCAUUUCAACUGGAGGGCAGAAUACUGACCAAUCUGCACAUUCCUCAACUCUCUGAAGAAAAAGGACUCUUAGAUGCUGAUAACCAAUAUACAAAAGAGAUUGUAGUUGAUGCUAAUGAAGGGUAUUGGCUCAAUACCAGUUUGUCACCUCAGUCUGCUUCUCCAGGGAUGGUUUUGAGUACAGUGACUGAUUGUAAUGUUACAAUAAGUAAGAAAGUGGAACUGGAUAUCGUGGAUCAGACAGAGACACUGAAACAGCCAGCCAAUGUAGAUGUUUCAAGAUCUUCAGAGCCCUUAACUAGACCCCAUCCUAUUCCUGCACCACGCACCAAAAAGCCAGCUUUGGACAAAAUAUCCAAUACAAAGCCUAAAGAAGAUGAAAAAGAGACUGAUCUUCCUGAGUCAAACAGCAAGAAUCCAGCACCAUCUGAAGGCCUGGAUAAUUCUUCAAGGGAAGAUGAUAAACCACAGCGACCCAGCUCAUUCCGGUUUUCAAUUGCAUCCGCAAAAUAUCGUUCCAAGACAAUAUCUGGUGAGCUUGUAACUAAGCAGGAUGACGAAAGCUCCAAUAACACAGUCUUGCUUAAGAACCCAUCCAACAGCCAGAACCUGGAAAAAGUGGAGACUGCAAAAACCAGUGAGGUUCCCAAAAACCCUCUUUCUAUCCUAGAUAAAAGAAGCAGUUUGCAGAGGGAAGUAAUACCCCAUAUCUCCAAGACCGGAGAGGGUAGUGAAGAUGAAAAGAGUGAGAAAGCAGAAGAAUCUGAAGAGAAGAAAGGUCUUUUUGGGGUUAAGCUCCGAACCACAUCUUUCUCGCUUAAGUAUCGAUCAGACAUGGUUAAAUCAGAAGACAAAACAAAGCGCCAUAGUCUUGAUGCCCACCAGAAACUAAGAGAUUCUGAAGGACUUACUGGAAAGGAACCGUAUUCCAGGGACACGGAAGAAGUCAUUAAAGGGAGUAAAUUGAAUGUUCUCACAAAAACUAUACCACAGAGCUCUGACCCACAACAAGAUCCAUCUUUAGAUACAGGCUCAGACAGGGAGGCAGAUACCGGAUCUGAACCAGCAUGGAUGAGCCUUGCCAGGGAGAAGAAAAGAGCUCACCAGUCUUUCUCUGUUAAACCUUCCACACAGCCAACCACACCAUCACCAAACUCUACAUCUUCAUAUACACCAUUUUCAUCAUCUACUCAACAACCUCAAAGGCCAACCCCACAGCCUAAACCACCCUUAAGGUCUACCAACAAAUCCCAGCUUAGAGCAUGCCACAGCACGGAGUUACAGCUAGACCACCAAUCAUCACAGCAAACUCCACCCAAACCGGCUCCAAGGGCACUGACGGAAAGAUGGUCCAAACAGAGUGCUGAAAAGAGCCAGUUAGCAAAUGAAGCUGAACAAAUGGACAUAAAGGGACCACCGAAACCUGGAGUGAAGAAUAACACCCAGACUGAAUCUGAUGUGCUCAGGAGGACCCAGGCCUUUAUGCUUUCUGCCAAACCUGAGCCUCCAGCCUCAUCAUCUUUGUCGUCAUCGUCACUCUCCCAUCAGCAGUCUCCAUCAGACAGAGGUCAGCCAUCUUGGAUGGAGCUUGCCAAGAGAAAAUCUCUCGCCUGGAGCGACAAGAGUUUGGAUUGAAGAGACAAUAGGAAAGAGAAAGGCUCUACAGUACAAGCUGCGGGUGAUGCUAUCAAACACUGUCUGUAAAUGGAACCUGAAGUGCACAUGUGACACUUUACACUGUUAGACUGUCACUAGUUAAAUAUGCUGUAUCUGCAGAAAUAACAUUUUCAAAUAAAACUCAUAGACUCAGAGCAGAAACGGUUACAAUUCAGUGACAAAUAUACAAGCGUCUGCAAAGGUUUGAAGACCCCGGUUCAAAUUACGUUUUGUUGAAAAUAAGUUAUCACAGCGAAUAAACAGCAUUUGUGUUUUUAUUUUAUUACACAAUUACUCUAUAUUUGCUAAAUUUCACAUAUUAGGAAACAACAAAAAAUAUGGGUGGUGUAAAAGUUAUGGCACAUUUUAUAUAUAUAUAUUUUUUUUUACUUUGUUAAACAAAUAAAUAGAAAUUAUGUAGAAAAUGUUAUAUUUUGGUUUGUUCUCUAUAGUGGAGAUGUCAACCUGUUCUUAUUCAACAAAACAUGCAGUUUGGCCAGAGUUAUUCAGACUUUGGCAUAUGACUGUAUGAGGUACACCUCACUUUAAUAUUAUGCCUCUGUACUAUACUCCUAUUUGGAUUGUACUGCCUUCUUUCAGUAGCGAACAGGCUUUUUACUGUAGCUGCAUUUUCCAAAAAUAAAUUACACUUUUAUUUGCAA